AUGACGAUGCAGGACGUCGAGAUGAUGGACGCCGAGCAAGUGCAUCCACUACAGACGCAGUUUGAAGAAGCGGAGGACAUGGUGGCGGAGCUGACGGUCCAUCGAUCGUCCGCCGAUGCGGCGAUUCGAGCGUUCCAGAGCAUCAUCGCCUACGUUGAAGAUGACGCAGAGCUGGAACAAGUACAGCGUGUGAAGGAGCACUCGAUCUACAAACUGGCGCAGCUGUACAUCCAGUUUGGUCGCGAGAAGGAGCUUGCAACGCUGCUGCAGUCGCUGCGGCCUUUUUUUGCCACGUUGGCCCGUGCCAAGACUGGCAAGAUUGUACGCACGGUGAUUGACAUGGUGGCCAAAGUGAAGACUUUAGAUGCUGACAAGGCGCUGCAGCUACAGGCUGACCUGUGCCUGGACUCCAUUGACUGGUGCAAUCAGGAGAAACACACGUUCCUCCGUCAGCGCGUCGAGGCACGUCUGGCUUCCAUCUACUUUCAGCAGAACAAGUCCCAGCCAGCGUUGGAUCUCAUUACGGAGCUAUUGCGCGAAAUCAAGAAGCUGGACGACAAGCAGCUGUUGGUGGAAAUUCACCUCGUGGAGAGCAAGCUGCAUCACGCGCUGCGCAAUGUACCCAAGGCUAAAGCCGCUCUGACUGCGGCGCGUAGCAUCUCCAAUACGAUCUAUGUUGUGCCACGCACCCAGGCACAGAUUGACCAGAUGUCAGGUAUCCUCCACGCCGAGGAAAGCGACUACAAGACGGCUUACUCGUACUUCUUCGAGGCCUUUGAAGCUCUGGCGACUCUGGAUGAGGUGGAAGGGUUGAAGUGCCUCAAGUAUAUGCUGCUCGCAAAGAUCGCUAGUGGUGGCGCGAGUGAGGUGACACUUAUCAUGAACAGCAAGCAGGCGAUUAAGUACGUCGGCAUCGAUCUGGAGGCGAUGCAGGCGGUUGGCAAGGCGCACGAACAGCGCUCUCUCGAACAGUUUGAAGCUGCUACGAAGAAAUACGCACUCCAGCUUGCGGAUGAUGCGCUGAUCAGAAACCACUUGAGCAAGCUUUACGAGCAGCUUCUCGAAAGCAACCUGAUCAAGAUCAUCCAACCCUUCUCUUGCGUCGAGAUUGCUCACGUUGCCAAGCUGAUCAAGCUGCCACUGUUACAGAUCGAGUUAACGUUAUCGCAAAUGAUCCUGGAUCACAAAUUUCACGGUAUCCUGGACCAGGGCAAAGGACAGUUGAUUGUCUACGACAGUCCCACUGAGGAUAAAACGUAUGCCUCCGGUCUCGGUGUCAUUGAGAACGUCGGACACAUCGUAGACAAUCUCUUCCGACGUGCUGACAAGCUGCACGCGUAG